GAAAAUUCCAGCGGAUUUAUCCUUGGUCUUUAAAAGGACGCGCUGAAACAGCGGCUGUGAAGUUGUAACGUAAACUGCCGAUGUUACUGUAGCUCGCGCGGCCACUGAAUAUACCAAAGAGAUUUAAGGGAUACAGACAUCAUCCACGUGGGAAAAAAAAGAAAACGAACGCCCACACGCUCCUAAACUACGUGCGCAUUUAGACUUCUCCGUCAUUGGACUUGUCUAUACUUUGUCAUCUUUGAAGGUCCCGUCAGCUGUGAACCAGACAAUCAUGAUCCUGCUGUCUUCCUCCUCUGAUGAAGAGUGUCUUGAACUCGCCUGGCUUUGGAGUCACAGGAAGUUCAGGGUGAAAACACUUGAAGGGUUGCUACUGCAACAUUUAAAAAACCUUAAAGCUUUGCAGGUCAAUUUAUCUGUGCACUCUGUCUUGGACUGUACUAUGACGAGAGAAAGCCAUAAACUCCCAAGAGAGGAGGCAGACGGGAAACACUGGUUUCUUUGUUUGUCUUCAUUUAAAAAAACAUCAGGGCUUUAGAGGGCAGGAAGAAGUUUCUGGCUUUUUGGUCAGUGUCAGAAGGCAUUCCAUCUUGCUGACUAAGCUGGAUCGUUCAUACUUUUAAUUGUAUCUUCAAAUCAACUACAUUGUUCAAUAAUUCUAAGUUAAUACUAACUGCACUUUAAACAAGCUUCAUCAAAUUAAAUUGACCUUCUACCCCCAUGCCGUCAGGUACGGUAAUAGUUACUGUGUGUUUUACGUAAACAAUGAGAGGCUGUAGAUCUAUCUUUAUAUCAUGAUCCUGAUUCAAGCCUCAGCUACAUUGGUAUUAAUAGAUUUGAAUAGUGAGAUAUUUAAUCCUGCAGCCACGUCUUUGUCUCAGGUCGCCACGUUUGAUUAGGCUAAUAAAUCUGUCUAUGGAGGAGGUCAAACUCAAUCUCAGCUAUUGCCAAUGGUGUAUGUGAUAGUCCCAUAAAUGUCCCCACCUUGUUUUCCCACACCAGUAUUUGUGUGUGUUUGACCCCUAAUCUGAUUACAAUUGAGUCCUAACACGACACAUGCAUCCCGUUCAGACAUGUAUCCUUUUGAUGUUUUUUCUUUGCAAAUAUUAUCUGUUGAUAUUGAAACUGAAACUUUGCUGCAUGCUGCUUUUUAGCUAAAAUGUUAAAAUAAUUUGAAUUGCUUAGAUAUAACUGAUUAUUGGAUGAGUAGAUGAUGAGAGACUGCAAUGUUGCAUGCUAUAGGCCGCGAAUGAACGAAUGUACAGUAACAAAUGCAUUUUAGUGAUCUGAAAGUGGAUGAAUGUAUCAUACGGUCGAUCUUCGUCCAAUAUACAUACGUCUUGGUAAGUGAUGCUUCUUUUACAUUAGACCGGGUAAUCUCCUUUUUAAAGUCACCCAUUAAAAAACAAACAUACAAAUGCUACAAUAUCUUGCCAUAUAUUUUGUGUUAAUCAAUUAGCAUCAAGAAUAUUUUCAGAAUUUCUACACAUUUCUUUUUCUUUCACUUCAACUGGAGUUUUGACCCAAACUGGCACGUAAUUAUUAAGUUGUCCACAACUUAGACACCUUCAUCAAAAGGUCAGCUGCUACUGUCACCCGGUGAUAGUGAGGAUUUAGCUUUUAGCUGUAGCAGGGCAGGGGUUAGUGACAUAACACAGACAACUACUAACUGCUGUUGUUGUGUGGUCUAAGGUCUCUUCCAGUGUACCAACAAGCUCUUUCUGAGUGAUGAAGCCACAGGACUCCAGAUCAAGGAGUUUGCACGUAAAAAUGCAGCCAAUGCUCUGUCACUUGCUAACAUGGUCAUGGGCAUUGCCUCCAUUCUCAGCAGUCUGAAUGGGCACCAUCACGCUGCAUGUUGGCUGGUUCUGAUUGGCUACCUUCUGGAUUUGGCAGAUGGAGCAGUUGCCAGGCAACUCGAUGCCUGCUCUGCGCUGGGUGCCAAGCUGGAUGAUUUUGCUGACUUCACGACCUUUGGGAUUGCCACCUCAUUGCUCUUAAGGACAUCCGGCCUGCUGGACAACAUCCUGUGCGUUUGUUACGUCUUGUCUGUUUUCACCCGCCUGUGCUUCUUUACAAGUGGGAUCCCCUUCAUGUAUCGCGGCCUGCCCUGCAUCUACUCCGCCGCCAUUCUGGCCAGUGCAUCUCUGCUGUCGGGGGAGAACCUGCCCAUGCUGCGGGUCAUUGCCGUGUUCAUGAUCCUCUUCAUGAUCAGCCAGACCUUCUACCCCCACGACAGAGUGCUGGAGUCCCAGGCCUGGAAGAAGGCAGUCUAUGCUGGAGGAAUUGUCAUGCUGUUCUGCUCAUCCUUCCCCCCUGCAUGUGUGUACUAUCUGCUGUGGUCCGUCUCCUACAUUUUGUUCCCAACAUCCCUCUGGAGCAGUAAAGUGUAAAAUGGGUGCUGGCUUUGUCCAAAACUCCCAUGUAGGUUUGCUUCUAUGGCCCGUCUGGGUGAACUGAGGCUCCCAGACUGCUGCUGCUCCCUACAGCCAUGGAGGAUCCAAGCUGAAACAUGCUCAUGUUCCACAGGCGAACACUCGCUCUAUUUGACCUUUAUUUUGACGUGACACCUCUAAAACAGAGCCCAGAUCCGAGAGAGUUAAGAGUGAGCGAUGAGAAGUGCAUUUUAACGUUACUAAAGUCAUGAAAGUUCAUGCUGUUUUAUGUCUACUGCAAGUCACAUAGCUUGCCCCACAAAGGUUUAUCAGGUUCGUCUCCCUUGUAAUCUCCAGACUUCAAUAGUUCUUUCAUCAGUGUUGUGAACACGCAGCAGCAGCAGCAGCGCUCAUUAUUUUCUCACAGAAUGAUAAAAAAAAAAAAAAAUGAUUUCCAACUAAUUAUUCCACAUUUUAAUAGAUGUUGGCUUCUAACUUGGUUUUUAAAAAGUUGAAUUGUGUAAUCACACAGGAUCAUAACUCUUAACAUGAUGCGCAUGGGUUAAGUAACUAUUUGAGUGCCACGGUAUGUAGGUAAAGCCUUUAAUCAGUCAUACGCAAGAUUUCUCAGACAAAGUUUUGCCAGAUUUAAAUUCCAUGUCCUUUCUGCUUUAUAACACAGCAACAGGCAUUCAUACAAAACUAUUACUAUUUUCAUGUUAACUGUUUAUGUUUUUAUCAGGUUUGAGGUAACUUCACUUUCACAGCAUUCAGGUCAGAGUGUGGGUUUUCCACUUCGUAGGGGCAUAAAAUCCAGUGACUUACAGUAAGAAACCUUCGAACCGAAUGGUGCAGUCAUUCCUUAUAUUAGAUUUGCUGUGAGAAUGUUUUCAAAAUGCUUCCAUAUUUCCCCUUGUGUCAUUUUAUUUGGUCAUUGUAUGUGUUUGCCUCUGUUUUAGGAGGCGUUGCACGGCCCUCGCUGCAAGUUCUUUCUCCACCUUAAAGGUGUCUUGUUGUUGCACUACAUGAUCACUACUAGUGGUGGAGCAGCAAUGGCACGUAAAACCGACGAGGAAGGAGAGUUUAAGUGUGUUGGUAAUCUUUAACUUGGACAGUAUUCAGUCGGAGGGACACCACCUUGUUUGUAAAACCUGUUUCACAAUGUGUAAUUGUGCCUCCUCGCAUUGGGUGUGUGACAAAUGCUGAAAUUAUACAGUGUAUCCAUAUUUCAUUUUGAACUCCACACUAUCUGAAGACGGUCAUCUUUUAGCUUGUAAUCUGAUAUGUAGAAAUAAAAGGUAUGACAUCACCCGCAACUAUACUUGUGAAUUUAAUGAUGCUUUAAGAAUUUCAACCCGGAAGACAUGAACUUUUGCAUUAAAUUUGUUUUAAAAAUCUUUGUUAAGGAGACAUAUAAUGGAGACUGUUAUCUGAAUGUUUCCCUCAUAGUUUUCUGAGGGAAAAAUCAAGGCAGAAUUUCCAUCAUGAAAAUGAAACACAAACGGCCGUGUAUUCUGGUACUGAUAUGGAUCUAAACCCACUGUGGAUCUUGACCUGGUUACAAUAACCAAUGUUGUGAAAAUAAACAUCUGAAGUGUAAAGUGCAUAAUAGGGCUGGCGCUACGUUUUCUAUCCCGAUAUACGUCAUCUGAUAUCCCCAAAGCGAUCCAGUAUGUCACAACAAAGCAUGUUAGCUCAAAAAAUAUUCUGUAUGAACUAAGCACAUGGUAAUGCCAUGGGUCAAUGGAAUACUUGACAAAUUAAGAGUACUGUGUAUUUUCCCAUUUAAUUAAGAACAUGAGUGUAAAAUAUUCUGAAAAGUUUUGUUACUAUGUGCUUGUUAUCCUUAAGAUGUUUAGACAACAUAGUCGCGUAUCGUGGCAGCUCGAUAUACCUUUUAAUAAUGAUUCGAUUGCGUCAAAAGACGCCCGGCCCCUAUACUGAACACAGAUCUACGUUGGUACAUUCUGCUUUCCUGUGUGGGUGUUUUGGUUUUCAAACUGUGGAGCCACAGCAAUGUACGCAUGUCAAGAGCAUUACUAUUACAAAAGUUGUUCUUUGCCCAAUGAAUAAAAAAAUCUAAAUGAA